CCACGUUCCACUUCGACCACGGAUGGUUUCAUUGGCAGAGGACGACGGAAAAUGGAGACUGUCGAUUGCGCCCGGGGUGGAUCUCGAUGCUCGCGCGCUUUCUGCGGCUCUACAAUAAACAGCUCGCAGCUUCUGAGCUGAGCAGCCGUACCAAUCACCGAAACUCGCCAAAGCGGCGAUUCUGUCUGCCCCCAUUCGAGCGAUCAUCUUUAUUGUAACGCAUCCUGUGACGGACAUCGCGGUGUCGUUUGGGCGUGUGCUGAGGCGGGCCACGAGCGUGCGUCCGGACCGGAUGCGAUCUGGACGUUAGCACGCACCCGCCAUGGUAGCUUCUGCGCUCCUGCUCGCGGUCCUCGCCCCCUUCGCGGUCGCCAAGUCGUACCCCGCGCAAUUCUUCGACCCGCUCGUGCCCCAGAAAGUGCUGAAGACCGCCCAGUCGCUGCCGUCGCCCAUCCAGUACCCACAGUACACGGGCAUCACGAGCAACACCGGCGUCUGGCAGCUGUUCUCGCCGAAUACAUGGACGAGCGCGUUCUUCCCGGCGACGAUGUACGCGCUGAACACGCGCAAGACGCUCUGUGGCGCGACAGCUGCCAACGGGCUGGGCGCGGCGGAUUGGCUCGGCUGGGGCCGCUCGCUGAGCAACGGUCUCAUUCCGCUGGAGCAGUCCAACGGCGUCGGCCAUGAUGUUGGCUUCCUCAGCUUCCCCUUCGUCGAGGAGUUGGCCAUAAACCCGACGAACCAGACGGCCAUAGCUGCCGUGAACAAGUUUGCCGCCGACCUAGCCGCGAGAUUCAAUCCAGUUGUCGGCUGUACGCGGAGCUGGGACACAUCGGAUCCUACGCUGUUCCAAGUGAUUAUCGACAACAUGAUGAAUCUGGAGGUGCUCUGGGUCUCGUAUAAGCUCACGGGAAACGCGACGCUCCGCCACAUCGCCGAGACGCACGCCAAUACGACCAUGAAGAACCACAUCCGGCCUGACGGCGGCACCUGGCACGUGAUUGAGUACAAUGCCACGACGGGCGCCGUGGUGGCGAAGAUUACGUCGCAGGGAUUCUCGAACAACAGUACCUGGAGUCGCGGUCAGGCGUGGGGUGUUUACGGAUUUGCGAACAUGUACAAACACACCGGCUACCCUGCCUAUCUCGACACCGCGCGUAAGCUCGCCAACUACUACCUCACCAAUCUGCCUGCUGAUGGCAUCGUUCCUUGGGACUUCAAUGCUCCGUUGACCCCGGCUCCGAGACCAUCAGAUUCGUCUGCUGCGACUGUCGUGGCAACAGGACUUAUCCUUCUUGCCUCCGUGGAAACACCCGACAACGUAGACAAGUGGAGGAACUUGGCGAUGACGAUUCUGAACAACAUUACUGCCCUCGCCUGGAAACCGUCGUGGCAAUCUCUUCUGUCGAAUGGCACCGUCAAUUGGCCGGCGCAUAAUCUGCUCACAGGGAUUGUCUACGGAGACUACUAUUUUAUCAAAGGGGCCGGCAUCUCCGGUAUCAGCUUAGCACACGAUGUGCAAGAGACGGGCGAGAAGCUCGACCUGACGAUCUACGAGAUGGCCUCGGACGUGGGGGGCACCUGGCUGUGGAACCGAUACCCAGGGAUCCGCUGCGACAUCCCGUCGGUGAACUACCAGAUGCACUGGUGUCCGAACCCGGACUGGUCCGAGUACUACUCGACGGGGGACGAGAUCCAGCGCUAUUACAAGAGCCUCGUCGAUAGAUUCGAGCUCUGGAAAUACAUCCACCUUCAACACGAGGUGACACACGCGGAAUGGGACGACGGCGCGAAGAAGUGGAAGCUGCGCAUCCGAGGGCCAGAUCAGCAUGAGUUCGAGGACGAGUGCGAUGUGUUCCUAAACGGGGGCGGUGUUCUCAACGUCUGGAAGUGGCCCUCGAUCGAAGGACUGCACUCCUUCAAAGGCACCUUGUGCCACACUGCGCGCUGGCCCGAGAACCUCUCGCUCAAGGACAAGCGCGUGGCGGUGAUUGGAUCGGGGUCCUCAGGGAUCCAGGUGCUGGCGGCGAUCCAGCCAGAGGUGAAGCAGCUGUACCAUUGGAUCCGCUCGCCCACUUGGAUCACGGGGGCAUUUGCCCCGCAGUUCGCCGGACCUGGCGGCGUCAACUUCAAAUACUCUGAAGAGCAGAAAGAGAGGUUCCGGAACGAUCCAGAGCAUGCCCUGAAAUACCGGAAGAUGAUAGAAUCUGAGCUCAACGAACGAUUCAAGUUCAUCGUCCAGGGCACGCCAGAACAACUAGCAUCUUUGGAGUUCGGCAACCGGGAUAUGCGAGAACGACUCAAGCAAGACGAGCGGCUGAUUGACGCCAUUGUGCCGAAGGAUUUCGCCGUAGGAUGUCGUCGGCCAACGCCAGGGAACGGAUAUCUCGAGGCUUUGCUCGAGCCGAACGUUCAGGUCUACACGGAGAUGUUCCAGCGCAUCACCGAGAAGGGCUUCAUCGACGCACAAGGGAACGAAGUGGAGGUGGAUGUGAUUGUCUGUGCGACUGGCUUCGACACAAGCUUCAAGCCCCGCUUCCCGAUUGUCGCGCAUGGCGUGAACAUCCAGGAUCUGUGGAAGGAGUAUCCCGUCGACAGUUACCUGUCCGUUGCAGUCAAAAACUUUCCAAACUACUUCAUGUACUACGGCCCUCACGGCCCCACCGCCCAUGGCUCCGGUGCUCCAGUGAUCCACGCCUACACGACCAUGUUCCUCAAGAUCAUCAAGAAACUCCAGAUGGAGAACAUCACUGCGAUCAAGAUCAAGGACAAAGCGGCCGACGAUUUCAACGAGCACCGGGAGCUGUAUGUCAAGCGGACGGCGUGGGUCGGUAACUGCUCCUCGUGGUUCAGACUGCACAAGGAUGCUGCUCCGAUGCUCUUCCCCGGGAACCGUGUACUUUUCAUGGAGCUGCUGUACAACAUCCGGUGGGAGGACUGGGACUACGAAUAUGGCUAUGCCGGGAACAGAUUCGGAUACCUGGGUACUGGAUUCACUCAGCGGGAAACCGACGGCCGAGACACUACGUUCUAUUAUGGAGUGAUGGACGGGAGAGACGAGCAGCCCGACUACGCGGAUAUUCGUCCAUUGUACGCAUGGAGGUAAGUAGCGGGAGGAAGGGGACCGGGAGUUACCGUGGAGCCAUCAGUGGUCCGGCAACGCCCAACGUCUAAUCGCAGCCAAGGUUCAUAUCGAGCACAAGUGAUUUUCCCUUCCGCUUUGAACCCGUCGAAGGCGCGCAAUACAGCUACGCUCUAGCGCACACGAUUAAAUGCAUAGACUACAUGGAAUGUGAUACAGAUUAGGCUCACAUGUGUUACUAUUUCAUGCAAACACCGCACCCUCGCUCGUGUUCUGUCUUUCACGCAAUCCACUGCAGAAAAAGCAGGGAUGCUGGCUCUGUUUCAUAUUUCGGAGUCAUUUUGCCGCCCCGUGCUCUUGCGAAAAUGUGAACAACGAGAAAGAACGUACGAUGCCAGAGGUGGCGUGAGGAUGCAUUGUGUCGCCCGCAUCGUCGAUGGGUUGGCAAACAAGUCAGUCCAGAGCCAAUUGCGAUGCAGGCAAAACGGGUCGUGGAGCUGCUCAAGAUGGAGGAAAUUCUUGAAUAUGAUGAGACCUGAAAAUGAGCAGCUUUCGCAUCCGCAUCGGUGUCGUAGAUCGCACAGCCCUUGAGGUGAGCUACGCAUGCAGGGUAUCUCUUAAUCUUCUGUACGAUUCUAUAAAAGCCGGUUUCGACAAGUAAAGCAAUGGAAACGUACCGCUAGAGCUUGCAUCUCACACCAUCUCGUCCGCGGAAAAGGUCCAGAGCACUUGGCGCAUUUCCGAACCGAUUUUUCGUCUGAUGACCCAUACGCUUUGCUGGAGCUGCAUCUCCCGCUCGGUCCGCCUAUGCAUUUCAGAGAAGCACGCAAGGAGAGCCAGCACCUGCCAGUACUCGUGUGACAAAAGGAUAUGAACUUUGGUUCAGUAGCAAAUCCACUUGGCACUUGGAAUAGACAGGUCUUAUUGGGUCGGCAGGUUCCACAAACAAGCUUAAUGAUGAACAUAGUUCCAGGAGACUUGG